AAAGCUCUCCACCAUGCGUGCUACUCCAAGUUAGCUCUCAUCUACAAUCCCCACCAACCCCUUUGCUCUCACUUCUUUACUUACACUGUACUGAGUACAUCAAUCAAAAUCUUGUCUUUCACAACAAGAUUCAAGUUCAACUAUGUUUAGAUCCAUGACUACUCGGAGAGGGUAUGAAAGAUUAGGUAAAGAAUCUGCCACCACUGCACUUUUGCAUGAGGGGUUCAAGAGGAGCACAAGUUUGCCUUCUUGGGGAUCCAAUUCUUCAAGAAAAAUGGCUCUUGGUUCCACCUAUGGGGAGAUCAAUCUAAAGAGAAACCCCACAAAGAAGGGUAAUAAUAAUAGUGACAAGAAGAGUCACCCACUUCUAAGCUUUUUGGCUCUUCGUAGGAAAAAGAAAACAACAGCUAGGCCUGAAUUUGCAAGGUAUCUUGAGUAUCUCAAGGAAGGAGGCAUGUGGGAUUUUAAUUCCAAUAAACCCGUCAUGUAUUACGAAUGAUACCUAGCUUGCUAUUUUGAAUGCAGAAUAUGUUAGGAUUUCGUGUAAGAAUUUAUAUAAUAUUUGAAUAUUCUCAUGUCAAAUUACUCUGAGAAGAUGUAGAGUAUACGGUUACUUUUGGUAUUAAUCAUUCAUUUGAAUAUUAAUUGCAAACAAUAAAACAUCGAUCAAAAGUUCAUCAACCUGUUUUCACUAGCUAGGUUAUUGUGAUAUAAAGACGUUCUGUUCUCAAUGGUGGAUUGGAGAUGUUAAUCGGACAAUUUUUUUUUGUA